CUUUGUGCCUUGGACGGGGGCGGAGGUGCGCACUCUGCUCCUCCCUCACCCUCGCCUCCGUGUACAGCUGCUCCCCAGGUUAUCAACAGCAUUUUGGAAGUGGUUUGAAAAAGAAGCACUUAACACAGUUUCUGGAAGACAUUGAUAAAAGAAUGAUUAUAUUGGAAAUGAAGUGAGUAAUCUGUGUGGUUUAAAGGAGUUUGUGAACGAAUAUCAGAUAUUAGUGUAGUGUAUUUUGAGUCGUGAGAAAUAUUGAAAAGCUGGAGUAGAUGAGAGUAGUGGUGAUGCGAGUAUCGUAUGAUCGGCAGUGAGAAAUAUAACCUCUGUGUAGCCAGCUGUGAGGGGCGUGACUUUCAUACAGGUGAUGAGAGAGAGAAUUGCACGAGCACAAAGGAGAGGAACAGUCCUCAUACAUAAUGAUAACUGUGAGUCUCAUACACUUGAGAGUGAUAGGUCAACAGUGACAGAACCAGCAGUGAUCGAGGGAACACUUCUCCACCCCAGUAAUUCUCAGCAGUUAUACGCUCAACAGUUAUAACCCCCAGCAGUGAUAGCUGGAACACUGCUCCACCCACAGUGAUACAGGGAGCAGUGGCUGGUGUAACGUUGGCAUGCGAGUGAGUAGAGGAAAGCAGAGGGGCGGCACCGUCAGCAGCAACAGCAGUAGCAGCAACAGGAGGAGAGGCAGGAGGAGGAGGAGCCGGGGAAGUUGGGGUGAUGCCCUCUGUGUAGAGGUUGGGGAGGAGGCGCUGCUGGGAAGGAGGAGGCAACUGGUAGCCCCCGUGCUCCUGCCCUCACCCACUCGGGGCACUGCCGAAGAUGGGUAUCACGUAGCUGAAGAUGGGAAACAAGCAUUCGAGUGCGAAAUGCCAAUGCCCCAAGAAUGGUAAGAAGAACAAGAGUCAACAUCUGCAGGAACAUCAUAGCCGCCAGCACAGUGCCCAGUGCAGGGAAGGGCAGCUCCUCAAGCAGCAGCAGCAACAGCAGCAGCAGCAGCAGCAACAACAACACAACAAUUUGCAACAACAGCAGCAACAACAGCAGCACCUCAACAACCACAGCAGCAUCCAACAGGAAAAGCUGUGCUUACAGAAGCUGCACAUCCCGUCACAUACUAAUGUUGUCCAUUGCAGAGCUGGUCAUGCGAGUCAGACAUCGUCUUGGUUACCUCCCCUGGAGAACUGGGAGGCUGGGGGCAGCGCUCUGCCUUACGGCUGGGAGGCAGCCACCGACAAGGAGGGCAAGCAGUACUUUAUAAAUCACCUGAACAAGACUACCACCUACGAGGACCCCAGGAAGGACUACCUGGACGAGCCCCCACAGCCUCGUCAGAUAGACCUAGUCAGGGAUCCCGAGAUGGGCUUCGGCUUCGUCGCCGGCUCCGAGAAGCCUGUCAUCGUCAGGUUCGUGACUGAGGGCGGCCCCAGCGAGGACAAACUACUGCCUGGGGACCAGAUCCUCAUGAUCAACGGUGAGGAUGUAAAGAAAGCUCCACGUGACCACGUCAUCCAGCUGGUCAGGUCCUGCAAGGAGAAGGUUCAACUCACCGUCACUCAGCCGCCUCUGGACAACUCUGCGAGGAAGUCUGCGCUGCUGAGCGCCGCCAAGAAGCAGAGGUUGAAGUCUAACCCGUCGAGGGUGAGGUUUGCCGAGAGCGUUGACAUCAACGGCUCACCCUCGUACUCUUUCCCCUCACAGCCGUCCAACUUCAACGCCAGCGAGUCGACGACGCCGUUCAUGCCGAACGUGCUCAAGGUGUUCCUUGAGAACGGUCAGACCAAGUCGUUCAAGUACGACUCGAGCACGACGGUGGGCGACGUGCUUGAUUCCCUGCACCAGAAGCUGGGCAUCAAGUGCCCGGAACACUUCUCCUUGGUAGUGGAGCAUGUGAAGAGCCUCAGGAGGAACAAGCUCACUAUACUGGACCCCAGGGAACCCCUUUCCAGGAUUGCAGCUCGGCCAGGCGCUCAGCAUUUAAGGUGUCUUUACCGAGUGACCUUCGUGCCGAGAGACGCCUACGACCUCCUGAGGAAGGAUUCCAUGGCCUUCGAGUACCUCUACCUGCAGUGCUGUAACGACGUCAUACAGGAGAGGUUCUCGCCUGAGCUGAAGUACGACGUGGCGCUGCGUCUUGCAGCUCUGCACAUCCAGCAACAUGCCCUCACCAACAACAUGUCAGCCAAAGUCUCCGUCAAGAACAUAGAGAGAGAUUGUGGCUUAGAGCGAUUCGUGCCCUCAUCUUUAGUAGACUCAAUGAAACGUAAGGAGCUCAGGAAACUGCUGUCCCAUUUCCUGAAGAUCAACAGUAAUUUAACGACUCAAGGACAAAAGCAAUUAACAGCAUUACAAGCCAAGCUCCAUUACCUCAAGAUUAUCUCUGAGCUCCCUUCGUACGGUGCCAAGUGCUUCUCCACCAACCUCAAGGACACCAACAUGGAGACUGUUAUAUUGAUAAGUCCAAGAUUUGGAAUCAGUCAAAUUACAGGCAUCAGAAAUAGUAUGGUGUUCGCUGUUCAUCUGUGUGGCACAGCAGCUGUGCCCGAGGCUCUGUGUGAGAUCGAGCAGGCCACAGGCGUGAGGGUGAGCCGGGAGGACGAACUCUCCUACCGUGUGGAGAUCUCUCUCAAGGACCCCGACAAGGAGAACUUGUUGCUGAGCCUUGAGGACCGUGACGCUGAAGAACUGGUACUGGUGUUGCAAGGGUACUACCGUCUACUGACCGAUAACCCACUACCAGUUACCCACGUCAGAGACCGCUACGCCCUCGACCAGGCUCCUCCGUACCACUCUCGACACAAGGUUCAGGCCACCAGCUGGAACUACGCCACUACCAAUGAGGAGGAAGAUCAUAGAGCCAUCGACCAAUCAGAACGCUACGUUGACCUCAGCUUUGCCCCUCCUUAUAAACCUCCACCAGAGGGCUACAAGGUGCCCAACGGUCACUUGCCAGGCCUGGACAUGGAUGAGACGGGGGUAUACGUCAACAGCCGCCGUCAUAAUAUUCUUGACUCCAACAUGAACAAAACGAAUUCAGUCUAUGAGAAUGCUAAUGACACGAGUAGUGCUAGUCCGACCCCUCCGCCCUAUGGCCACACAACGCACUCCCAUGGUAUGCCUGCACCCACCAGCCCAGCCCGUCAAAUCGCCGCCGACACCAAGAAGGUACACUUUAACCUGGCGGGGACCCAGGGCCACGGCGGCCAGGCUGACGAGCGUGUGUGUGAGGCCAGGAACGAGGAGGUGAUAAAGCGUGUGGCAGAGUUACAACAGCUAGUAGAAGAUGCUGAGAACUAUCUGAGUGACGCGGAUGGCGAAACAACCGAGACGGAGAGUGUCCGCUCGGACCAAUACGGCAGACUUAAGCACUCUGAUUCUCUCCUCCUUCUGACCCAGGGUCAGAAGCUAUUGCCAAAUGGCGAGGUAGUGGAGAGUGAAGAACGCUCAGGCAGUGAUACGGACUCGCAAUCAACACCCAAUCAGAGCCCAGCACACAGACCCGCUGCCAAGCCUCCGCAACGUCCCUCAUCAGUCCUCAAGCCAAGUGGGUCAUCCUUCGGCCUGCACUCUCCAGACAACUUGCCAAUCACUCUACAGAGCCGUGAAGAUGACAUCAAAGCUCUCAUUAAGCAGCUAGAAGAUAACUCUGGUCUUCCUUAUACCUUUGCAGAGGGUACACUUUAUCUUGACCCUGAUAUCAUUGACCUCACUAUGAUCCCGCCUCCUAUCACUCCAGAUGAGGAUGGCACGAAGGUGUUCCCUCCUCAAGUAAGUACACCGCCCACACCCUUUGCAGAUCGGGAAACUUUGGAAAAGGAACUGAAAGCCCUUGAGCAAGAUCUGGGUGACUUGAGGUCACUCACAAACCCCAGUUGGAUGGAGCAGGAGAGUGUAAACAGCUAUUCCGACUCUACCACCACAGCAAGUGAUACAGAGGACACUAUGUCUCUGAGCAGCUUGAAUACCAGUGUUGUCUCCAGUGACUUCUCUCCUGUAAAUGGUGCAGCUGUCAACAGAGUCUCGGGUAGCAAUGGAGGUAUCAAAGGCCCGAGCUUCACUUUAGCAGCACUUCGACAGCUAGGUAUUCACCUUGAGGAAGGUGAAGAUAUAGAUUCCUUCAUUGCAAAUCUUACCAUUCCACCACCACCUGAAGGAUGUGUAGACCUUCAGACGUGUGCUGAGAACCGCCGAAUAGGGAAUGAGUAUGACAUUUCUGCAUUUAUUAUCCCUCCCCCACCCACUUCAGAUGAGAGAGACAACAGGUCAUCAGAUAUCAUCCGAAGACUCUAUGAAGCCAAAGAAGGAAUUAGUAAGAUGGUGUGCGAGGACAGCAGUGAUAUUGAAGGCGGGGAGAAAGACCACGAAGUUGGCGAGGUGCGAGUCAGCUCGGAGACAGUGCCUAAGCGUACCAAUCUGGUGGGGAAGGUAGCAUCCCUUCAGAGGCGCUUUGAAGCUCCAAGGCCCACACAUGUUACUCCACCUAACUCUAGUGCCUCCAUAGACAAUCGACAGUUGCUACUGAAACUCAGCAAAGAAAGCUCUCACUCUCCAAGUGACUCCUCAGGUUAUGAUAGUCUCAGAUCAAAUAAUUCUAAUGUAGGACAUGAACUGGAUACCAAACUAGCACAGGCUUUGGAGGAAAAUGAUAAGAUGUUCAAAAGUUUUGACACUCUUAAGAGACAACAACUCAUUAGUGCCAAAGUGACAAGUGGAGGUCAGGAAAAAGGAAAUGAGAGCUGUGACUUUAAGCAUCCAUCUGUGAUGUCUAGAGUGCGAACAUUUAGUUCUGGAGGAAACUGGGGUACUGGUUCUCUUCAACGACCAUCAACUCUUCAGCGCCAAAUGACUGUGCCAACCAGUAAGGCAGAGGUGAAGGAAGAGGAUUCUUCACCUCCUCCUCCUCCUCCUCCACGCACUCCUAUCACUCGAACUGGCACUUUGACAAACCCAAAGAAAUCAAAGCCUUUUCCUCCCACUUCAAAAAUUCAAAGAAGCAUUUCCAUGAGCACUGGUAACUUAUCAAAAUCUGUUUCACAAGAUGACAUGACAAGUCACUCUAGUUAUAACACCAUCCUAAAGUCACCAACAAAGAAUACAGUGUCUUCAGCUUCCAGUGAAGACAUCAGUGAAGCCAAAGCCUCCCCAGGAUCACCCUCCAAACAGAGUGUAGCUUCCAGUAAUGACUCCCUCACAUCCUCCUCCAGUAUGGUGACUGUCAAAUCAGCCUCACUCAAAAGCCUUGACAAUGAUGAGGACCCUCCAGAACUGCCCCCAAGAAAUGGAGCUAAAGCUGCCAUGAAGCCCCCUCUUCCAAGAAGCUCAUCACAGGAUAAUGUGAAGGCAGCUCUACAGAAUAAAGGCCUGCGUUCACCUUCACCAGCGCGCAAGGCAAUAAGGAGCCCCUCACCAGAUAAUACUGAACGGCCACCUUCGGUGCCUUCAAGACUUCGCAAGCCACAGCUUAGCCCAACAACUUCUCCAACAAAUAAUUUACCAGGUACACACCGUCCUCGUCCUUCAGGCAAAUUAAAUGCACCUGCACCUUCCAAUAGUAAGGCUUCUGCAACCAGUCCAACGUCCCCUCGAGGUGGGAAUCGUUCUCCUCAGAAAAGUCCUAAAGUUAGUUGUAAGCCUGCUGCCACAGAGGAGCUCAAGCCUCAGCUUCCUGCUAAAACAAGUCAGUCACCAGCUAGACGAGUUCCUGCAUCGCCACCAACCACUAAUGGCGUAAAAAGUCCCAUAAGAGGCACAGACAAAAACUCAUCUUCUAGAUUGCCCAGACCAGAUAAUGCCAGUGUAGCCCUUAAGAAUAGCCUUAAUCAAGAAGUUGCUCCUCUUCAGACAUCCUCACCAAAACUCUCGCCUAAAAACAAGAUGGUCAAUGGGAAGACUCCAAAUGGUAUGGAUCUAGAUGAUUCUUUAGACUCUGGUAGCUUUGACCAAGAUUCAUUAGAAGAAGCAGAAGACAUCGAGGUAAUGCCUCCAGCUUCAAGAGAUGCCUUCCGUCGUUUUACAGUAGUAGUUAGUCAAUCCCUAAAGUCCUUAACAGAGAUGGCAGCAGUUUGCACAGAAGCACAACGUUCUGGAGGUACUGCAACUCAAGAUGAAACAAAAUUCCAGGAAGCCAGAGAGGCCCUAACAAGUGAAUCAAGACAGUUUGUAACAGCUUCCAAAUUAUUUGUCAAGUCAGCUACAGAAUCAGAAGAUACUCUAUUGCAGUGCCUGGCUACAUGUGUAACCCUGAUGCAGCGCAUGGUGGACGUUACUCAACAAGUGGUACGGCACACAACGACCCCCCUCCAGACGCAAAAUGUCGUAGUCAAGGUGAGGGAUGUAGCAACCACCUACCAGUCCACUGUACGGGCAGCACUCUCUGCUGCUGGCCGGGGAAUGGACCACCCUUCCAUGAACACCCUCAUGACUCAGGCCACCAACCUGGCUGGUGUACUCACUGCUCUCAUGCGUACACUCAGAGUAUUUAGUCCAUGAGUCCUUAAAAACUAUGAUUUCUCAUAUAGUUUCAUAGACUUGUGCAUUAUCAUAUUUUAAUUAAUAUUUAAAGUAAAUGACUAUAAAAAUUGCCACUGACAGUGCAAUGGAUGGAAACUUACAAAAAGUACUUAAUGUAUUUACACGUUUGUAGAUAUAGAAGUAGCAACAAAUGAUAUGCAUAAUGUCAACCAUUUUAGCCUGACCAGUUUCUGUAAAUAAUGAUAGAAAUCUCAGGUAUUAUGAAGAGUUUGGAGAACAGGAGCAUCAGCGCACCAGCUGAAAACGCAAGCCUUUAGGACGGGUGAUCAAGUUGGGACAGUUGGAGGGUAACCUAACCAUUAAUAGAGUUGUAUAUUUCAAUACAAUGAUACAAGAUAAUUGUGUGUAUAAUGCCUAACUUGCCCAGUCUUGCAUUUGAAGAUAACUUUCAAAGUGUAUGUUUGUAUCUCAAAUGUACUUAUCAGUGAUUAUUUGAGUUAUUUUUUUAUUACAAGUUUGUCAUGAUUUGGAACUGUUGUCUUUUUUAUUUUAUUUGUAUUUGUUAUGUACCAGUAACUCAAACAUUUCUUCUAUUUUCACACUAAUCUAAAAAUCAUUUGAGUCCCACACUUGUGUCCCUCUGUUGAUGUAUAUAAUGUCUGUACAGCAAAAUAACCUUGUGACAUGUCAGCCCCCAGUUAGGAGUUGUAAUUCAGUGUUUUUUUAGUGUAACUGCUGUAUUUUAUGCUAAAUAUAGUGUUACAGAGUA